AUGAAUCGAUUCGCACAGGUAUUCAAGUGCUGUCAACACCACCGGAUGGCAAUCAUAGGUAUGGUUCACGUGCGGGCACUACCUAUGAGUCCAAUGAACACACUAUCUGUGGAUCAGUUGAUUGAGAUCUCAUGCCAUGAGACAGAAGUGUACAAAAAGCACGGAUUGGACGGCAUUUGUGUGGAAAACAUGUUUGACAGGCCAUACGUCAGAUCCCAACACUCGGGGCCCGAAGUGACGGCUUGUAUGACCAGAAUCUGCGCUGAAGUCAAGCGUAGCGCCGGUAGUAUACCGGUUGGGGUACAGGUAUUAGCCGGACUAAAUCGGGAGGCACUGGCCGUAUGCCUGGCCUCUGGACUACAGUUCAUACGGUGCGAGUCCUAUGUGUUCGGACACAUCGCCGACGAGGGAUAUAUGGAUGGGUGCGCCGGCCCUCUCGCCCGCUAUCGCAACCAAUUGAACGCUAAUAAUGUGCUAAUCCUGACGGACAUCAAGAAGAAGCACAGCUCCCACGCCAUCACCGCUGAUGUCGAUGUCUUGGAGACGGCAAAAGCGGCUGAAUUUUUCCUAUCGGACGGUGUGAUUGUCACCGGUAGCCGAACUGGAGAUUUACCAGAUGUGGGGGUUGUGGACAGUAUUAAGAAGUCUGGGGUUAGACUUCCGGUGAUUAUUGGCUCCGGUGUUAGUGAUGUGAAUGUGAAGAGUUGUGUGGAUGUGAAGACCGAUGCAGUGAUAAUCGGU